ACAAUAUAUCUUAUUAAUUGUCUCUGUUCUCCUAUUCUCGCAGGGAGAAGAAAGAAAGAUGGUGUCGCGUCGGAGGUUUGCUCAGGUGUCCCCGAGUAACGACGAAGAGGACUUUGUAGCGGAGACGAGGUCUCAGGGACAGAACUCAAGGAGACCUGAGGAAACAAUGGAGGGAAGGAGGAGAAAGCGUAGGAAUGUAAUCCUGUACGAACAGUCUGAUGAGGAAGAGAAGGAGACAGAGAGAAAGAGAAAGAAAGAUGACGAGGAAAUGCCACCGAAGGAAGUGAAGCCCGAUGUCGUGAAACCGGUUGGUGAGCCGGUUAAAAUUACGGGUAGAGGAAAUGGGAGAAGAACCCAUUACAGGCAGUUCGAGUGCAACGGUAAAAGAUACGAGCUGGAGGAAUCGGUGAUGAUGAAUCCAGAAGGCAAUAUUCUAAAUCCUUAUAUUGCCAUUAUCAAGGAUAUUACCCAAAAACAAGAUGGAAGAAUGAUGAUUCUGGGACAGUGGUUUUAUCGUCAAGAAGAAGCAAAGAAAAAAGGUGGUGGACACUGGGAAGCAAAUGGUACACGAGAGCUGUUCUACAGUUUCCAUCGUGAUGAGGUCCCCGCAGAAUCUGUGAUGCAUAGAUGCCCGGUGAAUUUUGUUCCACCUCAUAAGAAACUUCCAAAAAAAAAAGGUUUUAUCGUGCGAAAGGUGUAUGAUACUGAUGAUAUGGAGCUGCGGGAGUUGACUGAUAAGGUCUAUGAAGAUGCAAGACAACAUGAAAUCGACCUCUUUGUGGAAAAGUCUGUGUUGCGAUUGGGUGAUCUUCCUGACCUUGAAACUGAGGAAGAUGUAGAGAAGGCUAAAGGAUCUUUUCAGAAAGUAAACAUAACUCCUGUUGACGUUAGAAAGGAGGAAGUUACCUUUCCUAGCUCAUCAGAGUAUCAUUCUAUCUUACAAAAGUUUGAUUCACUAACACAUGACGCUCAUCGUAACAAGUGUUUGGCGAAGCUUCUGGAAGCAGUCCGGAACAUAUGCUCUAACGCUGGUGAUGAAGCAAAUGUGAGUUCAGAUGUAUUAAAGGAUGAGAGUUUUAUCUGGCCAGAUGCUGCUGUUCAUCCCGUGUGUGCCCUUGAGAUGGCUUUAAAUGUUUCUCUUGCAUCAGAUCAUUCUAAAUACAAUCAGAGGAUAAGGUCACUGGUAUUCAAUCUCAAGAACACUGCACUCCUGGCUAGACGACUGCUCAAUGGCCAGUUAGAACCUGAAAAGAUUUUGAACAUGUCACCCACUGAAUUAAAGGAGGGUCUAACUAAUGAGGAAACAGAAAAGAAUGAGCCUGAUGAUGCGGAACGAAUGCAGGUUUUUUUUUCAUUUAUGACAGUCAAAUCUUAUCCAGUCUCUUGUAUUUGAGUUGGAGAAUGUCGUUGACCAUGUCAUGUGUUGGCUUUGGCUGCAGAUGACUGAUGUAAGAUGCUUGAGAUGCAGUCAAAUUAAAGUUUGUCUGAGGGAUAUCUUUCAAACUGGGCAUGGAGAUCGCUAUCAGGUUCUUUGGCUUUUUUACAUAUCAAGUCAUCUAUUAUCGGCAUGUUUCAAAAAAAAAAAAAAAAAAGUCAUCUAUUAUCGGCAUGAUCUUAUGCAUACUCAUGGAUCAUAAUAAUCACAUUCUGAUUUUUUUUAUGCAUUUAGCUGGAGUGUAUUGCCUGUGGAAAUUCCUGGUACGCCUCAAGGGAUGAGAUAUCAAUUAUUGAUGUAGACACUGAACAACCUGCCCGAGGUAGAUGCAGUGAGGCCAUUGAGAAGAAUUUAACCAGUCCUCGUGAAGCUGAGAAGAAAGUGACAGAACAUUCCUUGAAGACAACCAAUGAAUCAAAUGCAGACAACAAUCCUGAAGCCACCAAGAAACCUGAGUGAAGAAAGUAUAUUUACGGUUUAAUACCUUCAACCUUAUUUUUAGGGUGUUGGCUAUGAAAUCGGACUUGGUUAGUCGUGUAAAGCUUAUUUCUGAAAAUAAUUGUAAGACUUUGAUUAUGGGGAUAUAUCAGUUGUCAAUGGAUUUUUAUUUCAUUAUGGUUCCUGCAGAAUUUGGAAUAACUCUAUUAUUUCUAUUUCUUGUUAUUAUUUCUAAGUUAGAUAAAUACUUUCUUAUGAUUGUGUUUAACGUAGGAGUUAAGUUGCAUUAGGUUUGAAACUUUUAUUUGUUUGGACGACUAGAUGAAUCAAGAAAUCACUAUUCUUAGAUAUUGUUAGGAUAAAUAAUUUUUUUUUGCCUUAAUAAUCUUUUAGCUUCUUAUUUUAGUGACUUUUGAGACUUUGAUUUAAAUCAAGCCUUUAAAGCCAAACUAUUCCUUCAAAUUCUCAAAACCAAAAUAACUGAAGUUACUCUUCUGAUGGUUUGUUAAACUGAAGGCCACUAUUUUCUUAUUUUUUAAAAAAAUCUAAAGCCACAUCAGUUCAGUCAAAAUUAAUUUAAAAGCCAUAACAGUAAAAGAUUUUAAGUAAAAACCU